CUUGUUAAACCGCAGUUGCCUUCUGGAGCUGCUUAGUAAACAGUGUGUUGUUCAGCCACCUCGCGGAAGGAUGCACGCUGCCAGAAUGUGGCUCAGACGGACGCAUCUCGCCCUUCGUCUGCUGUUCAUAGCCUCUUCACUGGGACAUCUGACGAAGGCCCAGGCCUCCGGGGUCGUGACCAGCUUCAAGAUCUCCGGCAGAAUCGAAUCCCGCUACGCUGUCACUCGCGUCACGUCGCAGAUGCACAACCCUGCAGACAGCGCGGAGGAACUCAAGUUCAAGAUGACUCUGCCCAAGACAGCUUUUAUCUCCUCUUUCAUUAUGUUUGUAUAUACACGCGCUUGAAUACAAUAUAUGAAU